CAGUUCAUUAUUGUUUACGGAAAUUAGAUGGAUGUAAAUUAGAAAUUGAUAACUAAGUCUAAAUUGGCAUGAAUAAUUUCUUAUGAGUAUGGAAUAAAAGCGUAGCUGCCAUCGCCAUUAUCACAAAUCAAAAGAAUCAAAGAGUGAACUGGAAAUGAAUUCAGAAAGUGCAGAGCAUUCAAAUUAUGAUGUCCCAGUAAUUAAACAUGGGGAUUUUUAUUGUUCGCUGUGUGAUAUUCAUAUGAAUUGUUCUACAACGUUUGAAAGCCAUAUUAAAGGAAAACGUCAUUUAAAGAAUAAAAGAAAAGGAUAUUCAGUUGAACAAAAAUACGAAUAUAGUAAUGAAGAACCUGCCAUUCAAAAAUUGCUGGAUAAAGAGACUAGGCCAAUUGCUGGUUUGGAACAUCUUGUUGAAAAUGUGUACAGUAAUCAGCCCCCUACUUAUCACUGUUUCUUGUGUUCUAUAAAUUUUCCAGCAUCAGAGUGGCUAAUAGAUCAUAUAAUAGGAUUGAAACAUCAGAUGGCAUUUUUGAAAAUGCAUAAUAUAGAACAGGAUUUUUUAAAGGAGUCUUCAAUUCUGCCAAAAUCAUUAUUAUUGCCAAUUGUACAAGAUCUUAUAUCAAAAUAUGAACAGGAACAUGGGAGAGGCAAAAUGUCUGUCAGAAAAGUAAAGGAAAAGUCUGGGUCUACUUUUCCAUGCAUAAAGAAUGGCAACAAUGAAGAAAUAAGCUUUCAUUCAAAAUUGGUUAAGUGUUCUCCAAAAUCCAGUUCCUCUCACCCUAAAAUCUCCAAACGCUCUCCUCCCUCCAAAAUCUCCAAACACUCUCCUUCCCUCAAAAUCACCAGGCAUUCUCCUCCCCCUAAAAUCUCCAGGCAUUCUCCACCCCCAAAGGUUUCAAGAUAUUCUCCUCCCUCAAAGGUUUCAAGAUAUUCUCCUCCCCCAAAGAUCACCAGACAUUCUCGCUCCCAAAAGUUCUCUAGAUCUUCUCCUCCUCCAAGAUACUUUAGGCACUCUCCUUCCCCCGAUUCCUCCAUCAGACAAUCUCCUUCCCCCGAUUCCUCCAUCAGACACUCUCCUUCCCCCAAUUCCUCCAUCAGACACUCUCCUUCCCCCGAUUCCACCAUCAGACAAUCUUCUCCUCCCCCUGGUCCCUUCAGUCACUCUCCUUCCCCCAAUUCGUCCCUCAGACAAUCUCCUUCUCCCAAUUUCUUCAGGCACUCUCCUGCCCCAAUGUCCUCUAGGUGUUCUUCUCCAAGUUACUUUCAUCCCCCAAGAUCAUCUAGAUACUCUCCAAGUUUCUCCAGGUAUUCUCCUCCAAAAUCUGCCAGAAUGAAGGAGCAAAAUUUUAAAUCUGAGUGGCAGAAAGUCUCCGUUUUUGAAGAAAGACAGAGAAAGUAUGAUGAAGACAAAUGGAGGAAAAUUGAACCUACCACAUUCUGCAGACAAGCAUCAACACACCAAAGAAUACCUAACUCAAAAUCAGAACAAGCUAAUAAUUACAGUUACUCUCAGCUUUUUACUGAUGAAAGAAAGAAUUGCUCUAAUCUUAGAGCAAUUCUUGAUCAAAAGAAAGGCCUUAGAGUGAUUUCAAGGGCUAAUGCACAUGACCCAUCUGAACAAAUGCCACAAAACUUUAUAUUUGAUGAAACAUAUCCUCCUAAUGUGCCUGAUAAGAAAAUCUAUCUUGAUCGAAAAUUAUCUCUCAAAGUUACUGUUGCUGUUGAAAGGUACCAUUACAGGGAAGCAUGAGAUAAAGUGGACAGAAAUCUUUGUAUAAACAUGAAUUCAGCAGGAACUGAAACAACUGCAUUUGGUUGAAUUCGUGGAACUGAACAGCUGUAUUUAGUUGUAGUACAGCAGAAACUACAACUAAGUUCAUGGAACUACAAAGGAAAAAUUCUGAAAUAUCUAGGGGGGGGGGGAGUGAUGCCAAAGGAAGCUGAAAAGAAAAUAUUUAGCAAAGUUGCUAAAUAAUAGAGAAAUAUGAGAUCCUAUGUCUCAAGAAUUUCUUCAGCAUCUAAAUCUUGAACACAGAAUGAAUCUGCUUUUUUUUGCCAAUGGGAAUGAUGCUCAAAAACAAACUAUGAAAUGCCAAUAGAGGACCUUGAUGAAAAACGUGUAAAAAAAAAGUGUUUGUGAUAAACCUCAAAAAUCCAUUGAACAUUAAAGAAAUGUUUACCAAAAUAUACUAAGAGGGUGUAUUUACAAUAAAACAUUGGUUUCCCCCUCAUAUUUGCAUAUUGCAUUAAUAAAGCUUCUGCAUUACUUCUGCUUAUCAAAAUAAAAUUUUGAGCUUCAGAUUUGAAAACAGUGUGCUAUUUCCUAUAUAUAUAUAUAUGUGUGUGUAAUGAAAUAAUAUGAUUGUAUAUCUGGUGUUUAAAAUAAAAAAAUAUUUGUAGAGUUAUUUAAUUGUGUUUUUAAUUUUUGUAUUGUAAUAAUUUUUGUGAUAAUUUUGUAUUGUAGUUUUAAUUUUGUAUCUAUUUAAUUUAAGUAGUGUAUUACUUUUAAUUUUCUUCCUGUUCUAAUGUUAGACAAGCAUUUCAUGCAUUUAAUAAUAAUUUUUUUAAAGAAAAGACCUAUUGUGAAAACUACUACCAAAAGAUUUUAUUUCUAUCAAACAAUGUUCUGUCAGUUUCAAAGAAAAGAAGGUGAAAUUUCUUAUUUGAAUAUAUCAGUUUGUAAUAGUUUUCCUGUAAUUUUAGAUAUUGCAACAAUAUGUUUGAUAGGAAAUAAAAUGCAGAUGAAAAUCAGACACGCACACACACACCUUUUGCAAAACUGAUUAGGAUAAUUAUUGUUACUAAGAAUAAUUAAAAAUACUCCUAAAAAUGCAGAAUAAUUAUUUGUAACAUUUACCAGGGUUGCCACUCAUAAAAAGCAUAGAGAAUUUAAAAAUUGGCAAAAAAAAAAAAAAAAAGUUUAAAAUGCAUGGAAAUUAAAUUUUUUUUGUUAAAAUUGAGGAAAAAGCAAGGAAUUUCUUGUUUCUUUGUUAUUUUUUUCCCAUUUAAAAAAAUGCCGAUCUCUAAAGGUUAAAAGAAUAAGAGAUCAUAGCCAUAGCUUCCAAAAACGAAACAAUACUAUUUGCAGUUGUGCAAUACGGAAACUCUUCCCUUAUUUUCUGUUUAGAUCAUUCCAGUUUCGAUUUUCUGGACAGUUGUUCUUUUUCCAUGCAAUUCCCGAAUUGAAGCUCAUGAGCAUGCGCGUGACUUCUUCAUGCGUGAAAGAAUAGAAUAAAUUUUCUACAAAAGCAGCGCGAUGGUGUUUAGCCUAUCAUGCUUGAGUUUAUUAAAUGAUUUGUUUAUUACUUGAGAAACUUCGAGCUUAUUCAAAGUAGAUUAGAGAUUUAAAAAAAAAUGAGCGGUUUAAAAUCCAUAUUUAAUACGAAUUGGACGGAUAAAAAAAAUCAACCCUGCUUUUGCUGAAUGAGUUCGAGAAGUUCCGCAACAUUCGUUGCGGAAUUGCGCACUGCUCGAUUUGUGAGAAGAUAAUAAGCCUAAGUAAUAUGGGAAAACAGGUAACAGUAGUCAUGCUAAAAUUGGAAAAUAUAUAAGACUGCUUUGCCCAUUCAAAAGGGGCAUCAUUGAUGUGGGAUCUAAAAGGGAUGUGUACAGGAAAAGAUGACAUGUGAAAUCUGAAAACAUCAAAUGUAAUGUCCGAAAAUAGACCGAUUUUGAACUUUUUUUGUUCAAGAAUAAUAAUUUAAAACUGAAUUUUUAUGAAUAUUAAAACUCGUUGCGUCACAUUCGCCCUUUAAUGCAUUCAAUGAUAUAUCUUAAAUAACGGAGUAGGUGAAAAUUGUACAUUAAGCCGUACAAAAAUGUCACACCUCAUUUAUUAAAGAUUAGCUCCAUAAAACUGAUGUCUGAAAAACUGCAGAAAUUGAUGCCCGAAUACAUAAAUGGCAAAAAUCAAUAAGUGUUAAAAAGCAAAACAAAAGCAAACAAACAAACAAAAAACUUGUAAAUUUUUAUAAGUAAUCAUUAAAUGAUUUGUAUCAUGAUAACAAAAAUGUUUGGUGUCUUAUUUCACCCAUGUUCUUAAUUUUGGGUGACUUGCAGUUAAAUAACAUGAGAUUUAAUAUAUCCCUCCAUCCCACUUAAAAUAUAAAUUUUGUUUUGCUAAAUUCCAGAUAAUAAAUAAAAAUAAAUUCUUUUUUUUUUGUAUGUAAAUAUAAACCUACUUUUAAUAUGCUGUUAUUUCAUAUAAUUUUAAAUUGUUUCUUCCUUUCCUUGCUUUUUCCACUCUUUAAAAUCAUAUUGCAUUAUGACUAGUAUGAGUGCUAUUUUCGUAUUUCCUUGUUUCUUGACUAUACGUACCAGGGAAAAAAAAAGUUUUUUUCCCCCCAGAUUUGAAUGGCAACCCUAUUUAUCUUCUUAAUUUCCUUCAGU